UUUUCCCCUCCCUCCCUUUCGCCUGAUCGCGGAGCCCAGCUCCCAGCGCCGGUGGCAAGAGCGGGCGGCAGAGCGCGGGUGCGCGCGGGGCGGGCGAGGCCGGGCCGGAGGAGGAGGAGGCGGCGCGCGGCGGCAGGCCGCUGGCUGCGGAUGGUGCUCAUGACCCACCAACCCUGCGAUGUGGAAGACCUAAGGGCUGCCGGCAGGAAAGAAAACAAGGGAGUCCUCUCUGAUGGAGAAAAUGGUGCAGAUGAAAGGAAGAAGACUGGAAAAUCACCCAACAUAAUGCUGCACGUCCCAGCCAGUGAGGCAGAAUACUUUGAUGACCGGAAAAAAAUUGGUGUUGCUAGGACAAAGAUCAGUGUGGAGAGUCCCUUCUUGGCAGCAGACAUUAAGAGAGAUUCCAAGGCUGAAAGGAAAAAACAUCAGAUUAAGUCAAAUGCUCACUUUCACAAGCUUUUUCUGGAGGUCGCAACUGAUGAGCAACUGAAACAAAGUUUUACCUGUGCUCUGCAAAAAGAAAUUCUGUACCAAGGAAAGUUGUACAUAUCUGAGAACUGGAUUUGUUUCCAUUCUAAAGUCUUUGGUAAAGACACUAAGAUUAGUAUACCUGUUGUCUCAGUAACGCUGAUAAAGAAAACCAAAACUGCCCUUCUGGUGCCAAAUGCUUUGAUCAUAGCUACUGCCACUGAGCGGUACAUAUUUGUCUCCUUACUCUCAAGAGACAGGACCGACAAAUUAUUAAAAUCUGUCUGUAGGCAUCUAGAGGGCACAAGUGUUGGCAACAGUCCUAAUCCAUCUUCUGCUGAAAACAGCUUCAGGGCUGAUCGUCCUACUACUCUGCCUUUGGAUUUAAAUGAAGAGUACUCAGAUUUGGAUGGCAUAGUACGUCAUCGGAGACGAGAGUUGGAAGAGUCUAGCAGUAGUGGUUCUCAGACCCCUGAAUUGGAACACUUCCAAGACUAUCAUAUCGUUGAGACACAGACGCAUCUGAAAUUUUCCAAGUCUGAGGUGAAGUCUAGUCACACAGAAAUGCACAGUAAACACGUGGCAGAGGAAAAAGCCAGGAAAGUUCCUGGACAUGGCCAUUCUGGAGCCCUUGGAUUCUUCCACCAAAUGAAGUUCCAGAAAUGUGUAUCUCUGAAUCAUGUUCUUAUUUUCUAUACAAUCCUCGUCUGCAUACUAAUCGUUUCUACACUCUACAUGAGAUACAAAAUCAAUGUCCUGGAGGAACGACUUGUUUCCAUGACUUCCUUUGACUCCCACAUUAAUGAAAGACAGCCAGCACAAGGAGGCCUUGGAUCCCAUCUGCAAAUUAAUGCUGAUGCCCUCUGUGAUGAAUUAACAGCUAAUCUCAUUAAAUUGGAAAAGAUACAAAACAACUUGCGAAGACUACUUGAAGAUGGCGAAUGACAUCUUGAUGUUCUGGGGCUACUUCAUACCUCAUUCUUCUGCUUCUGAUAAGCAGAUCCAAACACAGCUGUGAACUCUGCAGGCCAGAGUUAGUGUCCUUUCUUUAAUCCAAAGCCAUAUUUAGACUGCUGCAGUAGCUCUUCCAUCCCAAGAAUGUGGAGGGUAGACUAUCUUUGUGCAAUAAACUAUAUCCAGGUAUUCUCAAGUUAACUUUUUCCCCCUAUUGUCUCUAUUGAUGUAUAAAUAACAAUGUGAUUUUAUAGUUUGAGGGCAAAUUUUUGUUCUUGGUUAUGCAAGUCUAAAUCUGGAAUAACUCCAUUUUACCUCAGUAUGUGGAUCUUUCAUUCACACAGCUGUGACUGAGACCAGAACUUGGUCCUUGACAUCUUAAUUACUGAAACAGUAUAAGCAAAAAUGCAUUCUAUUUUACAGAGAUCCCAGUCUUGUUUAUAGUAGUCAAAAGUAAAUACUACAUCUUUUUAUUUGUCCAUCCUUAUGGCACACUUCUCCAAAAUCUAGGCAUGUGUCAAACUUCUUACUGCCUGGGCUUGAUCCAGGCUCUCAGAUUUUUACAAAAUAGUCUUCCCCUCUCCCACGCCUCCAGUGAACACUUCUUCAAAAUUAGGAUAGCAGCGUAAGUGUAUUAUUCAAGCACUGUUCCUAGAAAAAUUGUUUAGAUUUAAGAUCUAUCCCUGUAAUAUAGUUUCCUUAUGCUUCUCAGUGCUGGGACUCCAAGUCAACUUAAGAGGGUUGAAUAUGGUCCUAGCAGUGUAGUUGUUCAACAGCUGCUGAAUCAUGGGACUUAUUGUUGUUGACCCCUGUCUAUUCUUCAUGAUGAGACCUGUCAAAUUAAUGAAACUAUAGUAACUAGAAACCAUUCUCUUGGAGUGAAUGAAGUGGCUGACUCCUUUUUGUUACAUUAUGCUAUUGUUUUCAUAGAGCCUAAAUUAAAGUAAUUGAGGGGUUUUUUCUAAUUCUUUGAUCUGUUUCCAUAAGGCAAUAUUAGCAUAAAAUAAGACCUAUAAAAAACAGUAUUUUAAAAUAUAUGCUAUGCAUUUUAUAACCAUUUCUGUGAAAUGUACAUUACUUUGUUUAAAUAAACUUUUAAAAAAG